AUGUCUCCCUUGAAAGUUGCGGUUGUUGGUGCCAGCGGUAAGGUUGGGUGUUUGUUAAUAAACCAAUUGAAUUCCAACAGUAGUUUCUCAACACCGUUAGCGAUUGUGAGGACGCAGGAUCAAGUCGAUCAUUUCAAAAACAAAGUGAGAGUCGAUGCAAGCUUAACGGACAUAGAAAACGCCUCCGUCAGUGAGAUUGCUGACGCCAUCAAUGGUUAUGACGCCGUGGUAUUUAGUGCAGGCGCGGGCGGCAAAGGAAUCGGGAGAAUCUUUACUGUCGAUUUAGAUGGUUGUAUCAAGGUUGUUGAAGCAUGUGAAAAAGCUGGUGUCAAAAGAUUUAUUGUUGUUUCAGCUCUCAAGGCGGAGGAGAGAGAUUUUUGGUGCAAUAUUAAGGGUUUGCGUGAGUACUACAUCGCUAAAAGAUCCGCUGAUCGUGAAGUAAGAGACUCCAAAUUGGAUUACACUAUUUUGCAGCCUGGUUCGCUGGAAUUAAACAAAGGCACUGGCUUGUUGCAACCCUUGAAUAGGUUAGAAGAAAAAGCUUCCGUCAACUAUUCUAUUAACAGAGAGGAUGUAGCUUCUUUUAUCGUACAAAGUCUGCUACAUCCAGAUGCAACUGUGAAAAAAACUAUUUCAUUGGUGAAUGGUGAUGAGCCAAUUGAAACGUUUAUUCAAGGUUUGUAG